UCCUCGGUGACGCGGCGGCCGUGACACAGAAGCAGCAGGGCAGUGCCCCUGCUGGGAAAGGAGCAGCUCCAGAGCUCUGCCCCUCUGCAGAGCUGCGUGUUUGGGAUGGCUGGCACGGCCCUGCAGCGCUGGAAGACUCCUUGCCACCCCAAAAUGUGCAGGUUGAGGCACCCGGGCAGGAGAUUGGUGAGAGAGGACAUGUGCACAGCGGAAGCAACGACCUCUCUGCUCCAGCUGGAGGAGACCUUCUCAGCAUGCCUGGCACGGAUCGAUGCCCUGGUCCUGAAGCCUCUGCUCCAGGCAGAGCCAAAUGACCAGAAGGGGAAGGAGAACUUCAAGCUCUUCCUGCUCCUCAACGAUCGCUUCCAAGCCCUCUGGAACCUCACGGAGGAAAACUACCGGCUGGUGAAGCAGAAACACGGCAGCUGCGAGUGCUGCUGCAUCAGGGACAUCUACACCAUCUGGAAGGGGGACCUGUUCCUGAGCAGCUACAUCCAGUAUUUUGUCACCUUUGCAAACUAUGUCGUGGUCCAAGGCUUCGAACACCUCACCAAGAGCAAAAGCGAGGCCUGGAAGCUGCACAAGACGGUGCUGAAGCAGUUCCUGGCAGACUUCACCUCCGAGACCUCCAUGUCCCUGGCCCUGUACACUGUCCUUCACAAACCCCUCCAGGAGCACGUCCAGCAGUACCUGCUGCUCCUCACCAAGGUCAAGGAGGCCCUCAAAGAGGGCUCUGAGAAGGACGUGGUCGGCAGCGUCAUCGAGGAGUACGUGAAGCUGGAGGCUUUCAUCAGCCAGGUCCUGGAUGAGGCCUGUUCCACCAAGGCCUUGUGGAAAUCCUUGGGCUGCAAGUUCACGGACAUGCUGUGUGUUCCCGAGAGGAGGCUGCUGGAGGACAGCAAGAACCUUCCCAUCUCCACCAGCACCAACCGAUCCGACCGGGUCCUGCUCUUCGAUGACGUCCUCGUGCUCAUCCAGGGGAACAGCUUCCAGAGUUUUGAUCUGAAGCUCGUGUGGGUGGAUGAAAACUGCGGGGAGAAAUCAGCUCCAGGAGUGCACGGGCUGCGUGUCACAACCCCAGAAGAAACCUUCUUCCUCUCUGCCAAAGACCCGCAGGUCAAGGCGGUGUGGCGCUGGAAGCUGCAGCAGGCCGUGCGCCAGGCGCUCAAGGGCAAGCGGGAUUUCCCGCUGUGGGGCCGGAGCGGCGGCGAGGACGGCGACGGCGGAGAACCCCCCGCCUGCCGCUUCUUCAGCUACGUCUUCAGGCUGGAGGGCAGGCUCAGGAGCGCGGCCUACGAGGGCGAGUGGCGCUGGGGGAAGCCCCACGGCAAGGGGACGCUCAAGUGGCGCGAUGGACGCAACCACGUCGGGGAUUUCAAGGAGGGCUUGGAGCACGGGUUUGGGAUCUGCCUUGUCCCCCGCCAGGCUGAGGACAGGUAUGACUGUUACAAGUGCCACUGGUACGAGGGCAAGAUGAGAGGCUACGGAAUCUGUGAGUACGGGAAUGACCUGGUCUACAAAGGUUACUUCAAGGACAACGUGCGCCAGGGCUUUGGGAUCCUGGAGAACUUCUCAGCUGAGCAUCCCUUCAGAUACACAGGACAGUGGGAAAACGACAAGAAGAGCGGAUAUGGAGUCUGGGAGGACAAAGACAGAGGGGAGAGAUACAUAGGGACGUGGCUGGAUGAUCACAGGCAUGGCCAAGGCAUCGUGGUGACCCAGUCAGGGGUCUGCUACCAGAGGACCUUCCACGCUGAUAAAAUGGUGGGUCCUGGGAUCCUGCUCCUGGAGGACGACUCUGUCUACGAAGGGAACUUCACGGAGGAUCUGACCUUUGUUGGGAAGGGAAAGCUGUCCUUUGCCAACGGCUUCGUUUUGGAGGGAACCUUCACCACCAAGUCGGGCCAAGGCCUGCAGACCCACGGCAUCCUCAACACCUGCCACGAGCAGCUGGACGAGAGGGUCACCAAAACUCAGCUGGGCCUCAGGGAGUUCCCAGUGGAGAAGAGGUGGAAGGGAAUCUAUGACCAGUUCCUGGAAUUCCUCCAGUCUGGCUGCAAGGAAGACAUGGAGGAGUCUUUCACAGGGUUCCACAUCCAAACCAGCAAGGAGCUGAGGAAAUCUCAGGAAUAUCUCUUCUGCCAAAGGGGGACUGAGGACAUAGCCUGGAAGAUUGAAGAUAUUCUUGAAGAGCUUGUGCAGCACCAGGAGCUGGAGUCGAUACAGAGUUAUUUAGAGAAGGCACUGAAGUCCUCCCUGCACCCUCUGGGGAAGCUGCUGAAGGCCCUGACAGUGGCUUUCCAGGCCACAUAUUCCGGGAUUGGGGCCAACAGGCACCUGCUGACGAUGGCGCAGGAGGAAGUCAAGUACUACGCCAAGAAAAUUUGGGAAUUCUACCGGGGUUUGCUCCAUCUGGCUCUGGAACAGAAAGGCCAACUGCCCCCAAAGUGUGUGGAUGGAGACACAAGUGACCAGAAGGCCUCCAGUGUGGUCCUGCCCCUGAUCCUGCCCUGCUUCUACCCCGAGCUCUUCAUGCUCUACAUGCUCUACCACGAGAGAGAAGAUGACCUGUACUGCCAGGGCAUCGUGGAUCUCAGCCUGUUUCCUGACAUCAAGCUCCUGGAAUUUCUGGAUGUGCAGAAGCACCUCUGGCCUCUCAAGGACCUCACCCUGACCACCAACCAGAGGCGCUCCCUGAUCAAGGACAAGUGUUUCCUGUCGGCCACCGAGUGUUUGCAGAAGCUCAUCACCACGGUGGAUCCCAGGGAAAAGCUGGUGAUCCUGCAGAAGACCUACGAGGAGAUCGAGGGCACCGUGUCCAGGGUGGUGGGCAAGGACUACAAACUGCCCAUGGAUGACCUGCUGCCCCUCCUGAUGUACGUCGUGUCCCGGGCCAAAAUCCAGCACCUGGGAGCUGAAAUCCAUCUGAUCAGAGACCUGAUGGAUCCCACCAACCAAGGAGGAAUGUUUGACUUCCUGUUGACAGCCCUGGAGUCGUGCUACGAGCACAUCCAGCGGCUGCGGCUGCAGCAGCGGGAGAGCUGCCCCCUGAGCGCCAGCGCCUGAGCCCGGGAUCCACAGGGAUCAUCC